AUGGCCAGUGAUGUCCUUUGUAAUAGGCAGAACCACAACCUGGAAAUGGGUGGCAAGAGGAAGGAUGAGGAAGGAUCAUGCUGCAGCAGAGGGCUACUUUGGGAGAACUUGUGUUCUCAACAGAUGUUGAUUGAUGAAUUAAGGAUGAUGCUAAAUUCAAAGUUACUUUCACAGUGCCAUGAAUUUCCAGGAAAUAAUGAGCUUUGCCAUAUCUUUUUAGUCACAGAUUUUGCAGAAAAGGAGAAGUCUACAGCAAAGGCCCUGGAAGACGUAAAGGCAAACUUUUAUUGUGAAUUAUGUGACAAGCAGUAUCACAAACACCAGGAGUUUGACAAUCAUAUUAAUUCUUAUGAUCAUGCUCAUAAGCAGAGAUUGAAAGAAUUAAAGCAACGGGAAUUUGCUCGAAAUGUAGCUUCCAAGUCAUGGAAAGAUGAGAAGAAACAAGAAAAAGCACUUAAGCGACUUCAUCAGCUGGCUGAGUUAAGGCAGCAAUCUGAAUGUGUUUCUGGAAAUGGACCAGCAUACAAAGCCCCCAGAGUAACCACAGAAAAGCAACUCCAGCAAGAAAUGUUCCCAGUUAAGAAUGGCAGAAAGGUAUCUUGCAUGAAGAGCUCUCUUCUCCUUAAAGGAAAAAAUCUCCCCAGAAGCAUUUCUGAUAAACUGCGGUCCACCCUGCCAAAUCGACACCAGUUGCAAACAGACGGACGUUAUUUAUUUGGAAAUCGGAUAGCACAAACAUCUUCAGAUCUUGGCAAUGCAAAUCACAGGACAGGAGUAUCAUUUUCUUUUUCCAAAAAAGUGCAUCUAAAAUUAGAAUCUUCAGCAUCGGUUUUCAGUGAGAACACAGAAGAAAACCAUGAUUGUAACAAGUCACCCCUUUAUAAGACCAAAAAAACUGCAGAGAAAUGCAAGUGCUGCAGGUUUGCAAAUGAGGAUACACACCUUACUAAGGAAAAGGAUGUAAACAUCUCACCAAGCCAUCUGGAAAGGGUUUUACAUAAUACUUUCUCCAUAAGCUCUAAAAUUUUGCAAGACAAAAAUGACUCUAUUGAUGGAACACUAGAAGAUUCAAUUGGCAUUCAUGCUUCAUUAUCUAAAUCUAACAUUCAUCUUUCAGAUGUGGAUUUUACGCCUUCCAGCAGAGAAAAAGAAACUAGAAACAUGUUGAAGAACACUUCAGAAAACCACAUUAAUCACCCAAGCCAAGCAAAUGCUUCAUUCAGCCCACCAACCAUUUCCAAACACAGGGAUGCCAGAAUAUUUGAAUGCCUGGAUGAGUUUUCAUCGCCAGAGCCGAGUGAACAAAAGAGUACAAUGUAUCUGAAUCCAAAUUCCAGAGUGGAGAACAGAGAAAGAUCUUUAAGUAAAACAGAAAGAGUUAGCAAAAAUGUGCAAAGACUUGUAAGAGAAGUGACAUCCAAACCAUUGCCUUUUCUCCACGUACAAAGCAAGGAUGGCCACACCACUCUUCAAUGGCCUACGGAACUUCUGCUCUUUACAAAAACAGAGCCUUGUAUCUCUUACGGCUGCAACCCAUUAUAUUUUGAUUUUAAGCUUUCUCGGAACACAAAUUAUGGCCCUAAUGCCCAGGAAUUAAAAACAGAAUUGGGUGAGGAACCCUUGGAAAUGAAGAAUAAAAUAGAGAGCCAAGUCUCAGGUUUAAUAAAGGACCAACAAAAAAUAAUCCAAGAAGAUGAUCAGUCUCUGAAACCAAAGAUGAUGAUAGCUAAUCCGGAUUGGGAAAAUUUCCAGAGAAAAUAUAAUUUGGGCUAUCAUGAUUCUGAGCCAAAUAAGAGUGAACAUAAUUUUAGUGAAAAGGAUUUGAAAGUGAAAACUCCCGAAGUGCCUGCUUACCUCGAUAAGUCUGUAAAGGAUUGUGUAGGAAAAAAUAACAAUAGCGAUAAUGAGUGUAAGGAACCUGCCAGGGCCUAUUUGCAAAGCUGCCGGAGAGUAGUUCUAAAUGAUGCAAAUGAGGGCCUGUCUUUUCCUCCCUACAUCUCUAGGACUAAAAAGCAUAAACUGAUCCCCUGUGAUCCUUAUUCAAAUGAGUCUGAAGAUGAAAGCCAAUUCACCUGUCAUUCUCCUCCUUCUACAGUAGGGGACCACAGUGACCACGGGAAGGACUUCGGUGUAAUUUUGAAUAGUAACCACAUCGGCAGAGUCAGCCACGGUUCUGGGUGCGGAAACCAAAGCCACAAGAGAUGCUCUCUAAAAUCGUCUCUGCAUGGAUGUUCUAGCCCUUCAGACACAUCCCCUAGCAGCAGGUCCAGCUUGAGAAGUACUUGUUUGCGUCAUAGGUUCAAUGAUAAUGGCAGAGGUAAUCUGCUCUACUUUUGUAAAAGAGAACACUACUCCAUUGAAAGGCACAAAUGGAAACGCAGAAAGCACAACUGCCUCUACUUGUCUGAUGAGAUAACAAAGAGCAACCGACUACAGCCUGAAACACAGAGAGAUAGGAACUGCAAAUUGUGGAAAUCACUUAAAAAUGAGAAAUACUCCAAACAUAGAUAUUGUCCCUGCAGAGAGAGACAUAAACUAGGCAAAAAUCAACAACAAUUUUCAGGGACAAAAUCUACUAGAAUCAUCCAUUGUGAUUCUGGUUCUAGUUCACAGGUUUCCUAUGACAGUGGCAGUGAAAAAUCCCCUACUUGCCAUGGACCUCAGCACAGCAGAUUAGGCUCUUACUCAAGAGAGAGAAUUUAUUACUUAAAUAAAAUCAAGAGAAAUCAAGAGUCUUUGGACAGCUCUCACAUUUGUGAUCUGGGAACAGUCAAGCCCUUACAGUGUAACUCUGAGAAUAUCAACUGCCUUCCAAGGAACUGUUCCAGUGUCGCUUCAGAAACCACACAGUUGAACAUCACAGAAGGCGCGAAGACCCCUCAGACAGCCAAAAGCCUUUUAGAAAGAGUACAAGCCAAGAAGUGUCGGGAACAAUCAACUAAUUUUGAGGUCUCUUCAAACAGCUGUAAAAAUGAAUUAGAGGCUCAUUCACAAAGCCAGUGCACAGUUCAACCUGUAUCACCGGGCUGUAACAGACCAGCAUUGCUUUUGUCUGAAAAAAUACAGUACACAACUAAAAGAAGAAACGAUAAAGGCAGUGUCAUUCUAAGGACUACCGAGAAAGACGAAAUCAAAAGUUCACAGACAAAUAAUAUUACCGUGUUAGCAGACACUGAUUGUGAUAACCAUCUUUCUAAAGGUAUAAUCCACAUAGUAACAGAGUCUCAGUCACUAAACAUAAAAAAGAAUCCAACAACAAAAGAACAAUCAAAACCUUUAAUUAGUGAAGCCAAAUCUUUUAUUCAA